AUGGCAGCAACAAUACAAGUAGUUGCAUGUGCUUCCGCGUCACUACUCAUUAUGUCGGUGUUAGUGGAAGAGGAAAAGACGAAAAGAAAAAGAAAACAUAAAGUUUGGGUGCCUCGUUUUUUGAAAUCGAGAGAUGCAAAACAACUGCUAAUUGAUCUACGACAGGAUGAUGGAAGUGGGUUAUUUAAUAACUUUUGCCGUAUGUCUCCCGAGGAUUUUGAUGCCUUAGCUUCACUCGUUGAUGAACGUGUACGUAAAAAAGACACAAAUUACAGAAGUUCGAUACCUGUGGAAGUUAGGCUGGCCAUAACGCUUCGAUUCUUGGCAACUGGGGAUUCCUAUCGCAGUUUGAUGUACCUUUUUGGAGUUUCAAGACAACUUAUUUCCAGAAUUAUCCCAGAAGUGUGCGGAGCAGUAAUAGAAGCGUUGGACGACUACGUAAAGAUGCCACAAACUCAGGAGGAAUGGUUCCAAGUGGCUACAGAAUUCGAAGAACAAUGGAACUUUCCACAUGCAAUUGGAGCCAUCGACGGGAAGCAUGUGCUUAUGCAAUGUCCUGCGGCUAGCGGUAGUGAUUACUACAAUUAUAAAUCCUUCUUUAGCAUCGUCUUAUUCGCAAUGGUGGAUGCGAACUACAAGUUCAUGUUUGCGGAUGUUGGAUGUCAAGGUAGGAUCUCUGACGGGGGCGUCUUUAAGAAUACUAAACUUUAUGAAGAUCUGUGCAACGGGGAAUUAAAUUUACCACCUCCAAAAACACUAUCAAAUGAUAAAACGCAAUUACCAUUUGUAAUUUUGGGAGAUGAAGCUUUUGCUUUAAGUGAGAAUUUGAUGAAACCUUAUUCGGGGUUCUACGAAAAGGGUUCUAAAGAAAGGAUAUUCAAUUAUCGUUUAAGCCGGGCUCGAAGAGUGGUAGAGAAUGCGUUUGGUAUUUGUUCGAGUGUUUUUAGAGUUUUACGGAAGCCACUACUUUUAACAGCCGAAAGAGCACAAUUAGUUGUAAUAGCUUGCAUUUAUUUGCAUAACUUCUUGCGGAACAGUAACACAUCUAAACAGCUAUAUUGUCCGGAGAACUGGUUAGACACAGAAGUCAACGGCCAGAUGAUAUUUGGAAAAUGGAGGAGUGACAGUGAAAUGACCUCUUUAGCUCCUUUGAGAAAAGUGCCAAGAAGGCCAUCACGUCAUGCCCAGGAAAUUAGAAACGAAUUUUCUAGAUUUUUUUCCACGACUGGAUCCGUUCCGUAG